AUGCCACUGACUGAGCGGCUACCGCUACGCCUUUCCCGCGUGCAGCUGGCAGUUCCAACGCGAGGGCAUCCGUGGGGCGCUACGUUCAGGACUGCUCAGCGAAGGGAGCUGCGCCGUCCACUUUCCGCCUCCGGACGCACGCUGCUUCCCCUGGCCGCGGCGUGCCACGCGCGGUUCCGGCGCCUGCGCCGCACCGUGGCGCACGGAACCGGGACGUCGGCGUCGGCGGCGGCGGUGUGGCAUGCCGAGCGGCGGAAGGAGAUGCUGCGGCGGUAUGGCGCGGAGCUGCAAGCGCUCCGAGGGCCAGAUGCACGGACCUUGCCGCUCUUGGCUUUGGCUAACCUAGCACAGCUCUUGUUGGCCAUCUUUGCGGGGCAGCAGCUGCAGGAAAGCCAGGAGGUUGUGACCAUUUCAGCGGUUGUGCUGCUGGCCGUUGGCGUUGGUGGAACACUGUCCAUGUGGUCCUUCUCGGUGCUGCAUGACCUGCUUCAUGGCACCUGCGUGCGCACCGAUCGCUCCACACGCGAGGCACUCUUGUUUUGCCUCAGUUUUCCCACCAUCUUCGGGUACCAUCUCUACCUGCAGAGGCGAAUCCGCUGCGCAGAAUUCACUUCUAAGGAUGGUGACGUGCUCUUCGUGGCGCAUCGACAACCGCUGCAGGGACGUCCCUUUGAGGUGGACGUGGGCGGCCUUCGCUUCUCUCCAUCCAUCUCCCAUAACGUCAUGACCAGGCUUUGGGAUACGGAGACACCCUCCGACUCCAUCAGGGCAGCGAAGAACGCUGCCUUGUAUUGCUUUUCAAUGAUCUUCGAGCGGUGUGCGCUUGCUGUUAACGACAAGAUUGUGGCCCUGUUUGGGCGCAACGCCUUUUUCCUGCAAAAACCUGCAGCAUUCCAUGAUUCCUGUGCCACGUACGCGCGGACAGCUGCGGUCUCGCAUUUGUUGCUUUGGGCCCUGGCAGGGCCUGGAGCCUUGAUUUAUUUGCUCAUCGCAGAGGUGGCAUGGCAGCUGCCCAUUCACCCUGCCUGCGGCAUGUUCGUGUCCAAUCACGGCAGUGGGAAGCGAGUAGAUGGGCAAUGUGCUCCAAGCGCAUCUCUCUACGUGGGUGAUCCUUGGGGCUGGUUCGAUUGGGUGUGCCUCUUCGCCAACUACCAUGUUGAACACCACGACUUUCCGGAUAUCCCGCUCUUGAAGCUGCCGGAACUUCGUCGGAUCGCGCCCGAGUUCUAUGGCUGCUCUUCAAGGCUGACGCAGCAGCCGCCAGCCUCUUUAGCACUCAUGGAGGCCAACACGAAUUGGUCUCGCACCGUCUUUCGCAGCUUUGCGUCGCCGGAGCCAUAUGCCUGUUCUGUGGUCACUGGCGUGGACAAUGAGUAUGGCGGGGAGGAGGAGGUGGCCAUUGCCUGA